CAUCCACUUCUUUCAUGGUGACUUAUUGUUUUCUUUUUAUUUUUUACUAUUUUCAUCCUGAAAGUAUUUGAAACUUAUUUAAGUGAUUCUGGUGUUCAGAACGAUUUCAAUCCGAUAAAAAACUGAUCGACAUCAUAUAACAAUUAGAAAAAUAAGUUAAUUACUAGUAAACCAUCUUAAUUUAAAUCAUCUUCUCAGUUAAAAUGAGAAUUUACUUGAUAUUAGUGAACUUUUGAUUCUAACGGACCCAAAAUCUUCUUCGUUACUUCCGUUUGUUUCGUUGCAACUAACUAGUAUAUUUUUGUUUUCUCUCUCUCUCAUAAAGAGAUGAAAUUAAUUUUCCAUCAUCUUAUUGCGGAAACUUUGAUCCUUUUUGAUGAUCAAUAAUUUUAAUUUUGGAAAAGAGAAAAUCGAUUAAUUGUCCAUCAAAAAGUUGAUUGUGAUUUAAGGUUAAUUGACACCUGAGAUAAUAAGUGAACCACAAAGAAAGAGGAAAAAUUAAUCUGAUUCCUUUGGAGUAAUCAAGCAAAACGAAAUCAACAAAAGGAUAAUCAUCAUCAUCACCAUUAUCAUUCUCAUCUCUGAUUAUACAAAAGGAUAAAAGGAAGAAAAAGUUUUUUCUUUUUAAAGAAAAAAAAAACUAAGAACUCGAAAGAGAAAGAGACAAAUAAAGAAAGAAAAAAAGUUCUAACGAUAAACUAACGACGACAUUUAAUCAAAGACAAUGAUCGGUUCAACUUUAUCGUUGUUAUUAUUAUCUUCAUCGUCAGCAUUAUCGACAUCAACUCCAGUGGACAUUUUCAAUCGUGUUGAAGAUGAGUUAAUUGACACUGAUCACUUUCAUCAACAAUUAACCGUAUCAACAACAACGAUUAACAAUUUAACUCCAAUGAUCUGGUCACCUAACGGUUCAUCAAUUGAUAUCAAUGAGCUUAACAUCAAUUAUUAUAUUAAAACAAAUGAUAACACAAUUGACUCGAUGGCAACAACAAUCAACCAAACAGAAAAAGAUUAUGAAGUUUAUUACUUUUAUCAGACAGAACAAUUAACUUUUCUUUGGAUUAUUUUUGUUAUGAUUGUUUUCGGUAACUGUUCAGUUCUGGGAACUUUGUUAUUAUCGAAAGGACGAAAAUCGAGAAUGAACUUUUUCAUAAUGAAUUUAGCGAUUGCAGAUUUACUUGUUGGAAUGAUUAACGUUUUAACUGAUAUUGUUUGGCGAUUUACUGUUGGAUUUUAUACUGGACACACUGCUUGUAAAGCAAUUAAGUUUUCUCAGGUUAUGGUCACUUAUGGGUCAACUUAUGUUCUAGUUGCUUUGAGUAUUGAUCGUUACGAUGCAAUAACUCACCCGUUAAACUUUACAAGUCGAGAACGUCGAGCAAAAUUUCUGAUAGCAUUUGCUUGGAUAUUAUCAGGACUUUUUUCAGUUCCAACUUUUUUCCUUUAUAAAAUUCAUAUAAUUGAAGAUAAACCUCAAUGUUGGAUUCACUUGGAAAUCGGCGAGUGGCAGAUUUACAUGACCCUUGUAGCGAUUUCCUUAUUCUUUAUACCUACGAUUAUAAUCUCAGCCUGUUAUUCAAUAAUCGUCUAUACCAUUUGGACCAAAUCUCGAAGCAUGGGCUCAUCGAGUAAAAGAAAACGAUUACAAAGAAUAAAUGGAUGCUCAUUGGUAUCUGGUGAUAGCGAUAAUAGUGGAAACUGGACUAAUUCAGUGAAUAAUAACAAUGGGUCACUAGUAAGUCCGAUGAAAAACGAAUCUCGAUUCUCUGGGUUCGAAUCAUCUGACAUUGAUUUCAAACGAAUGAGUUCAAGAGGUGUUAUACCAAGAGCCAAGAUAAAGACAGUUAAGAUGACCCUGGUCAUUAUUUUCGUAUUCAUACUAUGCUGGUCUCCAUAUUUUGUCUGGGAUUUACUUCAAGUUUAUCAACAAAUACCGAAAACUCAAACAACCGUUGCCAUAUCAACGUUCAUCCAAAGCUUAGCACCUUUGAAUAGUGCUGCUAAUCCGUUAAUCUAUUGUCUAUUUUCAACUCAUGUCGCAAAAAAUUUACGAAAUCAUUCAACUUUUCUUUGGUUGGCAAAUAUCAUUUGCUUUUGUCUACCAAGACUCUACCCAACAUCAAACCAACGAGGAAGUACAGUUCGUAGUGAUACAAAUACUAAUACGUUAACGUCAACGUUUACACGUUCGUCAGGACGAACCUCAUUAAGUUUACAUCAUCAUUAUCACAAUCCAAAUCAUCAACAGCAACGUACAAGAAAUGUUAAUUACAGUACAACUCAAUCGUCUUUAAUAGCAACAACAUCAACUCAUCCAUUAAUUACUAAUCCAAUUGUAAAUCGUAAUCAUCAUGAACCAUCAUCAAAAAAUCAUCAACAACAAGAAAACAAAUUACUAGAUGAUAAUAUAAGAUGAAAGAUAAAGUUAAUUGUUUUGUAAUUUACUUAUAAUUAAAUUGUAAAUUGUUAAUUUCUCUCUCUCUUUCUCUCUUGCUUUUUAUAUUGACAAAUAUAUAUAAAUAAAUUUACCUUAUUGUUUA